GUCCACUCCUAUAUUCACAUUUGUAUAGAUUCCUUUCUUUUUGAUACUUGUCUACUGCUGUGGUCGCAUUCGCUCCUUGGUCCUUUACUCGUGUCAAUCUCCCGAUCCGCUAUCUCAACCCGCAACAUGGCAGACAGUGUCCCCCAGCCGGGACCAGCCAAAUUGAAGCCAAAUGCCGGUCCAGAUGAAUGGCUGGAGGCAGCGAAGAACUGCAAGUAUCUCUCAGAGACGCACAUGAAGCAGCUGUGCGAGAUUGUCAAGGAGUUCAUGAUGGAGGAAUCCAACAUCCAACCCGUUUCCACGCCCGUCACCAUCUGCGGAGAUAUUCACGGCCAGUUCUACGAUGUCCUCGAGCUCUUCCGGGUCGCAGGGGGAAUGCCUGACGAGUACGAUGCCGACCCACCCAAGACCUCUCCUUCCGUGAUUACUUCAGACGAUAUCGAGCCACCUUCGUCGAUUUCAGACCCGAAACUGAGAAAGAAGUUGAGGAACGCAAAGUCAGCAAAUAAUGAGGAGGACACGGGUUCCAGGAGUCGGUCCGGGAGUGAGGGGUCGGGGGAGAUUCGGUUGAAGAAUAAUUUCGUGUUUCUGGGGGACUACGUUGAUCGGGGAUAUUUCAGUUUGGAGACGUUGACGCUGCUCUUGUGUUUGAAGGCGAAAUUCCCAGACCGAGUGACGCUGGUCCGCGGCAACCACGAGUCCCGCCAGAUUACACAGGUAUACGGUUUCUAUGAGGAGUGCUUCCAGAAAUAUGGAAAUGCUUCUGUAUGGAAGGCCUGCUGUCAGGUAUUCGAUUUCAUGACGCUGGGGGCCAUCAUUGACGGAAGAGUGCUGUGUGUUCAUGGGGGUCUGAGCCCGGAGAUCAGGACGUUGGACCAGGUGCGCGUGGUGGCACGAGCGCAGGAGAUUCCCCACGAGGGUGCUUUUUGCGACCUGGUCUGGUCGGAUCCGGAUGAAGUGCAGACCUGGGCCGUCAGUCCUAGAGGAGCUGGCUGGCUAUUCGGAGACAAAGUGGCAGACGAAUUCUGCCAUGUCAACGACCUAACCCUGAUCGCACGCGCACACCAACUGGUCAACGAAGGCUACAAAUACCACUUCCAGAACCAAAACGUGGUGACCGUGUGGAGUGCCCCAAACUACUGCUACCGCUGCGGCAAUCUCGCCUCCGUCUGCGAAAUAGGCGAAGACCUCAAACCAACCUUCAAGCUGUUCAGCGCAGUCAGCGACGACCAACGACAUGUUCCGACAUCACGGCCAGGGCGGAGCGAGUACUUUUUGUAAAAUACCAGCAUAUGUGUUUAUGUCUUUCACCUUUUCAUGUCUUUGGACCUGAUCAUGAGCGAGCCUUGUCUUACCGGCGCGGGCGUUGGGAAGGAAGUCGGGGGCUUCUGGUCGGAAUAUAUAACGAUCUAGAUCAUAAUGAUGUUUUACGAUGCUUUAGUAUGGUCAGUUGAAUACCCAAGUCCAGCACUUGUCCGGUCUGUGUAGUGGUGAUAGAUAUAUCACUGGUCCAACAUAUAGAACAGCUUCACUCAGCCAAUGUCGUCCAGUUUCUUCCGAGAUGUCUUC